AUGACGUGCAGGUUCCGGUGCCUUCCGCGCCUUACGCGCAUUCUGCGCGUUCCGCGCCUCCUGCGCCUUCCGCGCCUUCCGCGCCGUCGCCGGCAGCUGCGCUUGACAAAUUAUCCAAUCAAAGUGGCAGCAGCAGGAGCAGCAGCGGCAGCAACAGCAGCAGCAGCAGCAGCAGCAGCAGCAGCAGCAGCAGCAGCAGCAGCAGCAGCAGCAGCAGCAGCAGCAGCAGCAGCAGCAGCAGCAGCAGCAGCAGCAGCAGCAGCAGCAGCAGCAGCAGCAGCAGCAGCAGCAGCAGCAGCAGCAGCAGCAGCAGCAGCAGCAGCAGCAGCAGCAGCAGCAGCAGCAGCAGCAGCAGCAGCAGCAGCAGCAGCAGCAGCAGCAGCAGCAGCAGCAGCAGCAGCAGCAGCAGCAGCAGCAGCAGCAGCAGCAGCAGCAGCAGCAGCAGCAGCAGCAGCAGCAGCAGCAGCAGCAGCUGCAGCAACAGCAAAGGGAGCGGAGGAGAGGGAGGAGGAGAAUGGGGAGAGGCAGAGAAAGGAGAGAGGGGAUGGGCUGGAAGUAGAUGGGGAGGCUGGUGGGGUGUUUGGUGGAAGAGAGAGCAGAAAGAGACGGCUGAUGGACUUACACUUGACGGAAGGAGAGGAGGGAGUUGAGGUUGAUGAAAGGGAGGAGGAGGACGAGGAGGACGAGGAGGGUGAGGAGGAGGAAGGGAGUGAGGGAGGGUUGGGAAAGAGGAAAAAGGGAGGGAAAACUAAGGAGCGAGAAGGUGAAGGAGAGGGGGGAAUAGAAGGCGAUGCAGUGAAUGGGAGAAAUAAUGCCGCCCUGCUUCGCCCAUCCAUCCCCACGACUCCCUCGCCUCUCCUCUGCUCUGAAUCCGAAUUCCAACAUCUCUUAACCUGUAUCAAGAACGCUCCAAACGAGGAUGCCAUUUCCCUCGUUCUCCUGCUCCUACUGGAAGAGCAGCGUGCUGCCAACGAAACCUCCUGCUUCCUGCAGCGCCUUCGAGUGGUUCGCUCCGAAUACCUGCAUCGCCAUCACUCCCUCGUGAGAUCUAUUGAGCUCAAUCUCCUCCGAGACAUCGCUCACAACGAUGCCGUCCAUCAGCGGGAGAUCCAACGGCUGAGACGAGUCUGCAUGGCCGGCAUGUCAGCUGGCGCCACGCUGUCGCAGCAUCAGGUGUUUUAUCGAACGCUGAUCACGCGGCCGCGGUCACGCGCGUGGUGGGAGGAGUGUAUUGACCCGAAUAACCCUCCGGAAUUGUUCCGGAAAAAGUUUAGGAUGAGCCGGGAGACGUUCAUGGAGCUCUGUGGCAUGCUGGGGCCGCUUCUUGGGAAAAAGCCGAGAAAAAACCCGAACCUCUUGGACAUCAGGAUCGGAGCGGCGAUCUGGAGGCUUGCCACGGCCGAGCCUCUCCAUCUGGUUUCCAGGAGGUUUAAUCUCAGCCGGACCACGGUGCAUUUCGUGGGGAAUGAUAUUCUCAAGGUGCUGAACGAUGUUAUUCUGCCCAAGGUGGUCGUAUGGCCUGAGCCGGGCAGCACCCGGGCAGCUGAAAUUUCUUCUAAGUUCCUGAAGCUGUGCGGGGUGGAUGGCGCUUCUUCUGUGGUACAGCAGCUGGGGAACGGGCAGCUGAUUGGGACUCUCUACACAACACACCUGUGUAUCAAUACGCCGCGCUCCAACAUGGUAAAAUACCACAACAGGCAGCUUACCGAACGUCUCGCCCGGGAAUCUUACUCCCUUUCCACGCAAGCAGUCGUUGAUGCCAACGGGCAGUUUAUCGAUCUUUGCAUCGGGCUGCCCGGCGCGCUUUCUGACGAGCAGGUUUUGCAGCAGUCGACCCUCCACCAGAAAGGACAAGCUGGAGAGCUUCAGGGGGCAAAGGUCAUCGGGUUGCGGUCGUACCCGCUUCUGGAUUGGCUGCUGGUUCCGUACGCCCAAUCAGAGAGCGCCACGUGGUAUCAGACCACGUUCAAUGAGUGCAUAGAGAAGGGCACUGCGGUGGGGAAGGACGCGAUUGGCCGGCUGAAGGGACGGUGGCGGAUCCUGCUUCGGCGAGCUGAGGGGAAGCUGCAUGAGCUGCCGCGGUUGGUGGGGGCGUGCUGUGCGCUGCACAACUUUCUGGAGCAGAAGGGAGAGGCGUUUGACCCGGACUGGGCGUAUGAGGCGUUUGAUGACUACGUGCCCGCCAGGCGAGCCGAUGAGGAGUCCCCUGCUGCCGUGGCCGAGAGGGAUGAGUUGGCCCAGGGGAUGUUCCAGGCCGUGCACGGGUGGGAGGGGGGAAGUUAA